AUGACCAGAUGGCCGAGGGUGAUGGAUGCGCAGGAUAUUGACCAGAGCUUCGCGACCGCAGAUUUCCCUUGGUUGAGUCCGGUCUACGAUCAAAUCUUCCAGGUUGCAUUGCCCAUUCCUAGUAUCAAGGUGCCAAAAAGAACUCACACCAGUCCAGCGACCGGACUGCCCAUGGAUUAUUAUGAAGUCGACAUCAAACCUCUAGAAGUUCAAGUCUAUCCCAAUCUGGGCAAAACGAGGCUUGUCGGAUAUGAUGGUCAGAACCCUGGACCAACAUUCAUGAUGACCAAGGGUCGGGAAGCAGUUGUACGAUUCAUUAACCACGCCGACCGUGCCAACUCAGUCCAUUUGCAUGGUUCUUACACUCGAGCUCCAUUUGACGGUUGGGCCGAUGAUACUACCGAAUCGGGACAAUACAAAGACUAUUACUACCCAAAUGGUCAGAGCGCAAGGACGCUUUGGUAUCAUGAUCAUGCAAUCGACCACACUGCCGGUCAAGCGGGAUUCUAUAUCCUACAUGAUCCCGAUGAGUUGAAGAUACCUGGACUACCUCAAGGAGAUUUUGACGUACCGCUGGCACUUGCCGCUAAAAGGUACAACCCUGAUGGAAGUCUUUGGGACCCGGAAGCAAACAACGAAGAGACCAGUGUUUUCGGAGAUGUUUUCCAUGUCCGGUCAUAUCAGCUAUACUUUGAGCCUGACAAGACGCCUGGCACAAGAUCCGCGAUGACUGUGGUAGGAUCUGAUGCAGGGUUGACGGCAAAACCUGUUCAAACCACUCAGCUUGACAUCCAACAACAGGACCACGAGAUGAUGGCAGCCUUCAACGUCACUGUUCUGGCAGACCUAGGUUAUAACGACACAACUCGAUUCCUUGAUCCCAUGGAGCCUCGAUAUCGAGCCGUUGACUACCCAGCUAGCGACUUUACAUCCCAUACAGGCGUCUUCUCAGACUCCACGAUUGACCAGAAAUUAGACUUCUUUGCAAAUCUUGAUGCAUACGCUCACGAGGCCGACGCAGAUGCAGCACUGGUCUCGUAUUGGAAGACACACGUUGCAGGUGCACCUAACACACUCUCUAGAAGCACAAAGAGUAGCACUACAGCCACUAGCUCAAAGUCGAGCAUAACAAGCACAGUCAAAACGACCAAAUCAUCGAGCUCGACUAGCACCAAGUCAACGGCGUCUAGUUCGGCAGUGUAG